UUGCUCUUGAAAACAAUGCACAUGCCUUUGGAAGUAACUUGUAACCCACUUAGGGGACUUUGACCUGUUAGAAUAGAGCCUGUGUGUGAAUUCAAGCUGUGUGGAAACACAGAUCUCACAUAGUUUCCUGGCUCUUAGAGGACGUGGAGCUCAAGCACAACUUCUGGAUUUUGAUAAAACAAUAACCAGGAAAUGUCUGGAGUGAUCCCCUCAUUCCUGGCAGGGCUGUGCUUCCUAUUGCUAAGACCCACUUGCUGCAGUGGCAGCAGGAUCCUGGUAGUACCGGUUGAUGGCAGCCACUGGAUAAACAUGGAGGUGAUCCUCCGAGAGCUGCAUUCCAGAGGCCACAACAUCACUGUGCUGCGCUCUGCCAAAAGCUGGUACAUCCCUAACAACUCCUCGAUUUAUACCUCUAUUAAUGUGACCAUGCUGGAGGAUGAGUCGGACAGGAAUUUCUACAAUCGAAUGCUACAAAAUGUCAUGGAAUGCCGCCGGUCACCACAUUUCAUAAGCACCUUCUGUCAACAGAACUUGGUCACAUCGAUGUUGGGAAAAGGCCAUGAGAUCCUUGCUAGAUCAGCUGCUGUAAUGCUAGAUGACCCUGUUUUUAUGAAGAAGCUGCAUGAUGCAAAGUAUGACUUAAUGUUAACUGACCCUGCUUUGACUUUAGGGGUCAUUUUAGGUAGUUACCUCAAGCUGCCGAUGGUUUUCAAUGUGCGAUGGAUUAAUAAUGGGGAGGGCCAUUUGACUAUAGCUCCCUCUCCUGUCUCCUAUGUCCCUGUGUCAGGAAGCGAACUCCGUGAUCGGAUGGAUUUUCUGGAACGAACCAAGAAUAUGUUGCAUUAUCUUUAUAGUUUUUUUGAACAACAAUUCAUCAUUAACCCUCCCUACGCCGAUCUGCUACAGCGGCAUUUCCCUCCUGGGACUGACCUGCUGUCGUUGGAGCUUGCGGCUGAUAUCUGGCUGGUGAGGACUAAUUUUGUCUUUGAGUUCCCUCGACCCACCAUGCCCAACUUGGUGUACAUAGGGGGAUUCCAGUGCAAACCAUCCAAUCCCCUUCCCCAUGAGCUGGAGGCCUUCAUGCAGAGCUCUGGGGAGCAUGGGGUGGUGAUCAUGUCUCUAGGGACAUUUGUGUCGUCCAUUGAUCGUCAAGCCACAGACGCCAUCGCUGCUGCUUUUGCUGAAAUCCCUCAGAAGGUGGUGUGGAGGUUUGUGGGUGAAAAACCAUUAUCCUUGGGCAACAACACCCUACUGGUGGACUGGUUGCCCCAGAAAGACCUCCUGGGACACCCCAAGACUCGUGCAUUCGUAGCCCAUGGAGGCACCAACGGCAUGUACGAGGCCAUUUACCAUGGCGUUCCUGUUCUGGGCCUGCCCCUGCUCUUUGACCAGUUUGACAACCUGCUGCGGCUGAAGGUACGCGGGGCAGCUCGGGUGGUGGAAGCAAAAUCAAUCACCAAAGAAGAUUUCCUGGAGGCUCUAAGGGACAUCCUCGAGACUCCCUCGUACCGCCACAACAUACAGCAUCUCUCACAGCUACACCGCGACCGGCCAAUGACUCCCAUGGACACGGCCAUCUUUUGGAUUGAGUACGUCAUUCGGAACAAAGGAGCUGCCCACCUGCAGUCAGCAGGUUUUAAUCUUCCUUGGUAUUCCUACUUCUGCCUGGAUAUAGCAGUUCUAUUUGGGGCCCUUAUUGGGGUCUUUGUCUGGGCUUCAGUCGUAGUCUGUAAGAUUCUCUGCUGCCGAGGGCGCCGCAGGAAGAUCAAAGCAGAGUAACUGAUUAUGACCAAAGUCAUGCUUAAAGACCACUCACUGCAUGUUUGGGGAAUGAACACUCAAAUAUCUUAAAAAAGGGGAAUUCAUUAACCAAUUCUCUUCUACAAUUUUGAAACCAUUCAAAUUGAAUAAUAUUGAUCAUCGUUGUUGAAAAUACAGACAACCUUUUAUUGUAAAUGAUUUUUACCAGAGAUAUAAGAUAAAUAAUCAUGGCUCGUGUGAAGUAGAUCGAUUUUUGUACUUGAAAAUGAUUUUAAAUCAUAAAAUUAGUCUCGCACAUUAAUCAUAGUCUGCUCUUGACUUUCUAAGAUCAAAACAACUGAAGUCCAUAACCUUUCACCACAAUAUGUUAUCAGAAUACUCUGACACAGGAACAAUCGGGUCGUAGGUUGUACAACACAUUGCCCGAAUGGUAAUUUACAACAAAAUGAAGUAAUACUAAGGACUUGUUAAGUUACAUAAGUAUUCCAACCCAUUCUUUAAAGUGAUUUUAUCAGAUAUCUUUAAUACAAAAAAAUGUGACAGCCGCUGUCUUACAGCCAGAUCAUCGUAAAUGUCCUCACUUCCUUCAUGGCACCAAUACUUUGCAUGAAGAGGAACCUUCUGAGGGCUCACAUCAUGGACUGUGUGCCCCAAAGAAAAAUAUGCGACACCAUAUCAUACAGUAUGUGCAAACUUACCAACAGCAUGUGUACAUGAUUAUGUCUAUUGUUUUUGUCUCUAUUCCAUGAAGGUAAAAAGUAUGUAUGAAGAGAGCUGUCGUACACUGUACAAAUUCUACACUCAAUCUUUAAAAAGAUUGUAAUAGCAAACACACAUUUAUGACUCUUGUCAUAAAAUCACCUGUGUUUUCUUAGCAGAUAAAUUUAACACAUACUAACAGAGGGCCUAAGCACUGAGGAGGAAAUAAAUAUUAUAGCAGAGAUAAAGAUCACUCAACACAAUUUUGUAAAAGGGCUUUUAUAAGCUUUCUUGGAAUUUAUUUCCAUCUACACAAAAUAAAAAAGGCAAAAUUUUAAAAUGGGCUCCGCAUUAACCGCAGGCCUUCAUACUGUACAUACUGGUUAUACUGUGAGCCACCGACAGGCCCCCAGAUGUAGUGCUAUGGGUAUAAUGCAUUUCCAGAAGGACUAAUAAAAUAUUUAUUAAAAGAAAGAGUAAUGAUGAUAAUAAUGUGAAAAUAUGUUCUGGCUUUGUUGAGUGGUCUAAGGAUGCCACAAUUAGAAUUGCAUGUUUUUUCUUGUUGCAGCUUCUUCUGGGUUUCUGUUUUUUGCACAACUCAGUUUUUAACAAUUAAAGCCUUGACCUUGUUCCACCGAAUAGCCGGCUUUAAAAAUCGGCUUCAUCCCGUUCUUUUAACGUACACCUCCCGGUUCUAUGGACAGAAGGAAUAAAAACCAGAUG